GGGCCGAGCCGAGCCGAGCCGUGCCGCCCCCGGUGGGCCGGGCCGGGCCGUGCCGCCAGGGCCGCGCUCUCGGUGUGAGCCUGCGGGAGCCGCCGCCGCCGCCAGCGGAGCCGGGAAGAAGGGAAGUUAAGUGAAGUUACCACACUGCUGCGGUAUGAAGAAGCAGCAUGAUAUUCAGAAACAGUGCCUGUAGUGCUGAGCAGCCUCCAAAGAACUGGCUGAAAGCACGAAGGGGAGCCACUGACUGAUACAGACUGCGAAGGCCGCUGGCACACGGUCACAUUUAGGUCAUCUUGUAGAACCUUCCAAGAAAACAAGGGAAAUAGUAGGAAAACAAUGUUUAAUAGAAGUAACUUCACUACACGGUUGGACUGAAACAGGAACGGGUUCCCUGAAGCCAUGUGGUUAUGAUAUUGUUGAGAUUCCAUAAUGCCUCCUGCCGUGACAGACAGCCUUGACAUCUGGGCAGUGGAUUCACAGAUUGGUGCUGAUGGCUCAAUAUCUGUGGACUUCCUAUUGCCCACUGGAAUAUACAUCAACCUGGAUGUCCCUCGAGACGCCACCAUAUCUCAUAUUAAACAGCUGUUAUGGAAGCAGGCACAUAGCUAUCCACUCUUUCAUCUCCUUAUGGAGAUUGACUCUUACAUGUUCUCAUGUGUGAAUCAGACUGCUGUACAUGAAGAAUUAGAGGAUGAAACACGAAGACUUUGUGAUGUUAGACCCUUUCUUCCUGUCCUUAAACUAGUGACAAGGAAUUGUGAUCCAGGAGAAAAGUUGGAUUCCAAAAUAGGUGUCCUCAUAGGCAAAGGUCUCCAUGAGUUCGAUGCCUUACAAGAUCCUGAAGUGAAUGACUUCCGAGCUAAAAUGCGGAGAAUCAGUGAGGAAAAAAUUCAGUCACUAGUGGGUCUUUCCUGGAUGGACUGGUUAAUGCACACUUACCCACCAGAACAGGAACCUGUUAUCCCAGAGAACUUCCAAGAUAAGCUGUAUAGUGGAAAUCUUGUAGUGGCCAUUCAUUUUGAUAACUGCCAGGAUGUAUUUAGUUUUCAGGUGUCUCCUAACAUGAAUCCCAUCAAGUUGAACGAGCUGGCAAUCCGAAAACGUUUGACUAUCCAUGGAAAAGAAGAUGAGGAAAUUGAUCCUGCUGAUUAUGUGCUGCAAGUUAGUGGGAGGCUAGAGUAUGUUUUCGGUGAUCACCCAUUAAUUCAGUUUCAGUAUAUACGCAACUGUGUGAUGAACAGGACUCUUCCUCAGCUGACUCUAGUUGAAUGUUGUACCAUAAAGAAAAUGUGUGAACAGGAGAUGAUUGCCAUAGAAGCUGCCAUAAACCGAAAAUCAUCCAACCUUCCUCUUCCUCUGCCACCAAAAAAAACAAGAGCAACAACUAGUGUAUGGGAUGUUUGCAGCCCUUUCAAGAUUACUCUGUUAAAGGGUAAUAAACUAAAUACAGAAGAAAAUGCCAAAGUUCAUGUUAGGGCUGGUAUAUUCCAUGGUACAGAGCUCCUAUGUAAAACAAUUGUAAGCACAGAAAUAUCUGGGAGAAGUGACCACGUUUGGAAUGAAGUACUAGAGUUUGAAAUAAAUGUCUGUGAUCUACCAAGAAUGGCAAGGCUCUGUUUUGCAGUUUAUGCUGUGAUGGAUAAGAUGAAAACUAAAAAGUCAACUAAGGCAAUGAAUCCCUCCAAAUACCAAACCAUUAGGAAAGCAGGAAAAGUGCAUUAUCCUGUAGCCUGGGUAAAUACCAUGGUAUUUGAUUAUAAAGGACAACUGAAGAAUGGAGAAUUUGUACUGCACAGUUGGUCAUCAUUUCCUGAUGAACUUGAAGAAAUGUUAAAUCCAAUGGGAACUGUCCAGACUAACCCUUACAUUGAAAAUGCAACAGCUUUGCACAUUAGAUUUCAAGAAUAUUCAAAACAGCCUAUCAAUUACCCUCCCUUUGAUAAGAUACUUGAAAAGGCAGCUGAGAUUGCAAGAAGCAGUGACAAUGCUGCAAUGGCGGGUCGAGGUGGUAAGAAGUUUUAUAUUGUGCUAAAAGAAAUAAUGGAAAGAGAUCCUUUAUCUCAGCUCUGUGAAAAUGAAAUGGAUCUUAUUUGGACUUUGCGAUAUGACUGUCGUGAAAAUUUUCCACAAUCAUUGCCAAAACUGCUGCUGUCUUUAAAAUGGAACAAACUUGAAGAUGUUGCUCAGCUUCAGGCUCUCCUUCAGAUAUGGCCCAAGCUGCUGCCUAGAGAAGCAUUAGAAUUGUUGGAUUUCAAUUAUCCAGACCAGUAUGUGAGAGAAUAUGCAGUGGGAUGUUUAAAGCAAAUGAGCGAUGAAGAGCUCUCUCAGUAUCUUCUUCAACUUGUGCAAGUCCUGAAAUAUGAACCUUUUCUUGAUUGUGCUCUCUCCAGAUUUCUAUUAGAGAGAGCACUUGCUAAUAGGAGAAUAGGACAGAUGUUGUUUUGGCAUUUAAGGUCAGAGGUUCACAUACCUGCUGUUUCAAUACAGUUUGGUUUGAUACUUGAAGCUUACUGCCGAGGAAGUGUUGCUCACAUGAAAGUGCUUGCUAAACAGGUGGAAGCCCUUAAUAAAAUGAAAACUUUAAACAGCUUAAUUAAGCUGAAUGCCAUGAAACAAAGCAAAGCAAAAGGAAAAGAUGCAAUGCACACGUGUUUGAAACAAAAUGCUUACAGAGAAGCACUUUCUGACCUCCAGUCUCCUCUGAAUCCUUCUGUUAUACUUUCAGAACUACAUGUUGAGAAGUGUAGAUAUAUGGAUUCUAAAAUGAAGCCUCUAUGGAUAGUAUACAACAAUAAGAUGUUUGGAGGAGAUCUUGUAGGGAUCAUCUUUAAAAAUGGUGAUGAUCUCCGGCAGGACAUGUUGACACUCCAGAUUUUGCGUUUGAUGGACAUACUUUGGAAAGAAGCUGGCCUGGAUCUCCGGAUAUUGCCCUAUGGCUGUUUAGCAACUGGAGAUCACUCUGGCCUUAUUGAGGCUGUUUCUAGUUCAGAAACCAUUGCUGAUAUUCAGUUAAAUAGUAGCAACGUUGCUGCUGCUGCUGCCUUCAACAAAGAUGCUCUCUUAAACUGGCUGAAGGAAUACAAUUUAGGAGAUGACUUGGAUCGAGCCAUUGAAGAAUUUACUCUGUCUUGUGCUGGCUACUGUGUAGCUACUUACGUGUUGGGGAUUGGUGACAGACACAGUGACAAUAUCAUGGUCAGAAAAAAUGGCCAGCUCUUUCAUAUAGAUUUUGGGCAUAUUCUUGGGAACUUCAAAUCCAAGUUUGGAAUUAAAAGGGAACGGGUACCUUUCAUACUCACUUAUGAUUUCAUUCAUGUUAUACAACAAGGAAAAACAGGGAACACUGAAAAAUUUGGUCGGUUCCGCCAGUAUUGUGAAGAAGCAUACUUGAUUCUACGAAAACAUGGAAACCUAUUUAUAACACUCUUUGCACUGAUGUUAACUGCAGGGCUUCCAGAGCUAACCUCCGUCAAGGACAUCCAGUAUCUCAAGGACUCCCUUGCCUUAGGGAAGAGUGAGGAAGAGGCACUAAAGCAAUUUAAGCAAAAGUUUGAUGAAGCACUCCGGGAAAGUUGGACUACUAAAGUGAACUGGAUGGCUCACACUGUUCGAAAAGAUUACAGAUCCUAGAAGAUUUCUGGAUUUGCACUAAGCUGAAUGUUACCUUGAUAAGUGUUUUUAAAUGGGAUCUGUAGUAUGGACCAACAAAACUUUAUUUAAAUAAGAAAGGAAACAAGGCAGCAACAAAAAGAAAUGGGCUGAAAUAAUUUCUGAUUCUUUUGCACUCUGCUUCUGAAUGCUUGAUCCCAAGACUGUGUCUACAAAUAGUGAACAACAUGGAUAAUCAGUUCCUGCUGACUUUGCACGCUGAGAGCUACUAGGCAUUUUUAAAUAUUCUUUGGUACUUUAUGGAGGUGUAAAUAUUUGUUUUAUAUGUUAGGGUAAUGUACUCUAACACACUUAGGAGGUUUGAAGACCUCUGACAGAACUGUUUUUUGUUUUAAAAUCAGGACUUGAAGAGUAAAUUUUUGUUGAUAUUCUAAUCUAGCUAAAAAUGACCAUGUGUAUAUUUUUCAUAUGAAUUCUGCCAUAGUGGCACAGAUGCAUUAAUUCUACUGUAAAUAGCAACCACAGUAUCAUUGUACUACAGGGAGCUGCUUAAUGUCUUAUACUGCUGCCGAAAGAAGAGUAGACAGGCAUUUGUAAUGCAGGGGGGAGGAGGUGGUGAUAAAAGGGGAGACAUCUCUGAAAAUGGUGCAGCAUCCAAAUGUUCAGGGUUGCGCAGUUUCCUUCCCCUGACAUAAUACACACAAAAGAAUUCCUUAAGUAAGAGAAAGCUGGGCCAAUUCUAAACAUGUCUGAAAAUCCCUCCUUGAUAAUGGUCUCCCAUUCUGCCUCUAGGGCUUUGUUUUCAGCUCCUUAGGAGAUGAAUUUAUUUUGGGUUCAACAAGAAAUUCCUUACAGCCAUAUAUAGAAAUUCUUAUCCUCAGAUUAGGUAUGCCAUGCAAAUGUACUGACUUAUAAACACGUAUGGAAAAUCUUCAUUAAAUAUAGUACAGUGAUUUUUAGAGCAUACAUACCAAAAACCACAAUGCUUUGGAAAGCAAGUGUUUAUGAGAAAAGAUCAUUCCGUAAAACACCAAUGAAAAGUCAUUAAUCUUUUCUUUCUGUAUUUAUUAAAAGCUUGCAGUAAUGUUGCUUUACCGAGAUAUCUGUGUUGAAGAUGGUUACUGAAGAAACUGGAUUUGUUUUAAUUUAUUUAGUGAGGUACCAGGCUUUUAGGUGCUUAAAUGGAGAGCAAAUUUGUUACGUGCAAUAGGAACUGCUGGUUAAAAGAUGUAACAUACUGUUUCUGAACAUCAGCAAGAUAGACUUUAACUACUGCUUGUUCUCCAAAGAACACUGGUAGCUCUCAAUUCUUGUUGACAUUUGAAAGAGAAUUAAACAUAUAUAUUUACUUUUUGACUAAACAGUUGUUUUGCAUAGAAAUGUUGUUUUAUGUAGGAAUUUAAUUAAAGGUGGUUUUACUUUGUUGAGAGUGGGUUUUUUUGUUUUGGUUUUGGGUUGUUUGGGUUUUUUGGUCCUAACUAGAGAGCCAGGAGAGCAUUUUAUGUACUGGUUUGAUUCUCAUUCUCUUGCCCUCACUCUUGGGGCUGGUCUGUAUAUAAUGACCUCAGCUUCUAGAAUAUUGUAAAAGUAACAAGUUCUUUUUCAUUAUCAUUAUAUUGUAGUGAUGUAGUAAUAUUUAAGGAAUGCCAUGUGUCCCCUCCCCCUUUUUUUUUGUAGAAGCAGAUGGGAGGAGGGGUUAAAAAGAAAUGACUCUGCAUUUGACAACUCUAAAAGAAGUCUUUUUAUCCUCAUACAAAUUUACAUGCUGUGAGUUAGCUAAGUAAUAAUUCCUACACGUGUUAUAUUUGUCUGUGAGCUGGAGUACUCAAACAUCUCUGGGAUGCCUUGUUCAGGGAGACACAACCUUUCCCAGAAGUUGAGAUACAGUUGGCCGGUUCAUCUUGACUGGCCAGUGUGCAAGGUAUGUGUUAGGAGGGAGCAUGGUCCCUUGCUCGCACCUAUCAUGAAGAAGGCAAGCAAGUUCCAUGUUCUACCACAGGCUUCUUGUGAGACUAAGAACAAGUCAGUCUAGCCUGUGUAUUAGACUCCCAUCUAUAAAAAUGGAGGAAGUAGCAGUGACCUCCAGAUGCAGGAAAGUCUUCCCAAUUACCACUGGGAUAUUGUGAGGUGUAAAGAUAAACAUCUUUAAAAAAUCAUGAGAUUUUUUUCUAUGUGACUUUAAUGCAGGUUAUAAAUGUACUUGAGAUGGGCAAUGUCAUUUGUUGCCCAUCUUCUUUGAAAUAGCUUGUGUUUAGAGAUGACUAUAAAAUACUACCUCUGUUCAGUAUUUGUAUUGGUUAAUAGCCUUCAGAUAGGAUUUUUAAAAAAGUUGCAUUUGGUUGUCUUUAAAUCACUACACUUACUGUUGACAAUUUAUUAGCAAGAGGGGAAAACAUGUUAGAGGCUUGUUAUACAGUGUGUUUUCAUGUUUGGCAGCAAAAGAAAAUGAUGCAUUUUCCUCAUGUAAACUAGACUUAUUUGGUCUUAGAUUGCUGAGAGGGUAGCAUACCUCACAAGAAUGCUUUUCCAGGUUGACUUCUCAGGGAGGAGCCUUACGUUAAGCGGUGCUUAUAAGGUAACCAAAGUUAACUUUGUGACCCUUUCAUGUUAAAUUUUAAGUGUAGUGCUGGUCUGCUGAAUUAUGCUAGUAACAGAUGACCAUUUUCCCUGGGUUUCCAUAAUCUAUGCUAUUUUGUGGCAUAGAGAUCUUGGUUCAAAAGAAAACAAAAACAACAAACAGAGCUGCUUUGCAAAAGUGCCAGGAGAGACUGUCCCUUCUGCUUUUCCUUAUCCAUGAGGAGAAAUCUGAGAAUUUUUUGAGAUCAAUAACCAUUUCUGUACCUACCUGCCAAUAUCCAGCUGUAGUGUUGAAGUGGUAGGUUAAUUUCUGCUGAGCAGGAUCAUCUUUUUUUUCCUCUUCUAAGCUCUCAGACCAUUUGCAGAA